GAGACCAGAGCGGUAGAAGCAACACAAGGGAAGAGGCAUCACUGGCAGCCCAGCAGCAGGAAUCAGGCAGCGGGAGGAAGUAGAGCCCGGACCACAGAUGACGGCAUCAGCGGCCGACAUGCAGGCUUUGUACAAGCAGCAGGGCUACCUGACAGCGGUGCCAGUGCUGAGUGACAGGGAGCUACAGGCAGCCAGGGCGGCCUUCGCUGAGCUCGAGAGGGAGUUCGGUCAGGAAUAUACCCAGUACAGCUUACACAAUGUCCACCAGCAAUACGACUGGGUGAUGGCACUGGUCAAGCACCCCAGAGUCCUGGAGGUCGUGAAAACCAUCUUGGGGCCCGACAUCUUGCUUCUUGAUUCCCGCUUCAUCUGUAAAUAUCCCACUGGGCACAAUAGCACCUCCAGUGGACAGGGUGCGAAUGACAUCACAAGUAACAUAAUGGGUGGCAGCAUCAGUAAAAAUAUGCCUAGAUUGCCCUUUGUAGCCUGGCAUCAGGACAUGAGGUACUGGGGUUUGGAAGGAGGCCCGGUUCUGUCUGUGUGGCUGGCACUUGAUGACUCCUUAAAAGACAAUGGAGCCCUGCAGGUCAUCCCAGGCAGUCACUGCUCAGGUCUCCUCCUGCACCAAACAGCAGCUCAUGCUGGAAAUAUGCUGUCUGUCAAUCAGGAGAUUCCAGGGGACCUUGUGCAAACUGCCAGUGCCAUAAUUUGCCCCCUAUUGGCAGGGCAAAUAUCAGUGCACGACGGACUACUGGUACAUGGCAGUGAACCCAACAUGUCAGAUCUCAGGCGCUGCGGCUUUGUAAUGCGCUUUGUGCCCACGUGUGUGUAUCCCAUCGAGGAUCCAGAUCGUCCCAGGCGUUUCAUUGCAACAGUCCUGGUGUGCGGUGAUGACAAGUUCAAGCACUUCUCCAACACUGACGCUGAAUCUAUUUAA